CCCCGAGCCGACUGCUGAAGCUACAAGCUGUCAUGCGAACGACGAAUCGACCGACCCUGGCGAACGGAACGGCGACAACCUCCAAAGGUCCUCAAGUCACGAAUUGGCCCAAAAUGCCCAUCACACCUACCAAGUACGCCAUCACCACCAGGCAGUCGGCAAACUGGAGCGACGCCAAGCGGAGGGUGUUCGCCCUUUAUCGGCGAUGGCUUCGUUCGACACCCGAGAUGCAGUCUAUGUACUCACUACCCCUCCCCAUUUCGGUCAUUCGCACUCGCAUCAGGCAGGAAUUCGAGCGCAACCGCUUCGUUAACAAGUUGCCCGUGGUGGAUGUUCUGCUCACAAAGGGCCAUGCCGACUAUCAAGAAACCAUGAACUUUUGGCGCCAGACGACUCACAUGAUGUCGUACUUCAACGAGGAGAGCUUCCGUGGAGCCAAGAGACUUCCCUCCAGCUUUAUCGAUGGCUUCCUGCAGGGUCGCAACUAAGAAGAGUAAUAACGAAGGGUAUCAAUGUCAGCCUUUCCUCUAGAGCCUAUGUAUAUAACGCAAGCCAGAUGAACAUCCAUGGACGCAGCCGCUUGUUCUUUUAUCUUCCCCCCUUAUCUUGAUGGCCACUCACAGCGAGUUUUCCUUUGUCUAUUUUUUGUUCCCCCUUGUGAUUUACUACCAAUUCAAGCCCCAAAACGCCGUUACCCA